AUGACUUCGACCAAAAAAAUUGUCGUCUGCGGAGGAAAUGGAUUUCUCGGGUCAAGAAUAUGCAAGUCAGCCGUCGCAAGAGGCUGGGAAGUUACAUCCAUCAGCCGAUCUGGUGAGCCCAAAUGGUCCUCAGUAACAUCAUCAGCAACACCUCCUGCCUGGUCCAACAAGGUGAACUGGAAGCGCGCUGAUAUCCUCAAGCCAACCGCCUACUCUCCCCACCUCCAGAAUGUUGAUUAUGUCGUGCAUAGUAUGGGGAUACUUCUCGAAGCUGACUACAAAGGAGUCAUUUCCGGUCGAGAAUCUCCACUAUCUGGGUUGAGAAGAGCAUUCUCCACUACCAAAGCUGGCUCUCAGAAUCCUCUGACGCGAAAUGAAAAUGAAGAUCUCAGUGCACAGGAGAGUGAUGGCCAACUCACGUAUGAACUUAUAAAUCGAGACUCCGCGAUUACUUUGGCGCAGGAAUCAACGAAACACGGAGUGUCGGCUUUUGUGUAUAUAAGUGCUGCAGGCGGAGCCCCAGUAUUGCCUCAAAGAUACAUAACAAGUAAGAGAGAAGCCGAAAGUACUAUUAGCAGCGAGUUUCCGCGUCUACGUGGCGUGUUCAUGAGACCAGGAUUUCUAUACGAUAGCUCAAGAUCUUUUACAAUGCCGCUUGCAGCUUUGACUGGCAUGGGGGCAGCUUUUAACUGUGUAACCGGUGGACUGUUUGGUGGGAUCAUGGGAGCGGCUGGAGUAAAGCCAUUAAAGGCAGAUGUAGUUGCGGAAGCAGUAGUGGAAGCUCUUAGUAAUGAUUCGAUGAAAGGUCCGAUGGAAAUUAAGGACAUUGAAGAAUUGGCCUCUAAAGCCUGGCGAAAGAACAUGCUAUGA